AUGGGUGUCCUUGAGAAGCUGAGCCGCAAGUCCGGCGUCAUCGUCGGUGACGACGUUCUCCGUCUCUUCGAGUACGCUCAGGAGAAGCAGUUUGCCAUCCCCGCCAUCAACGUCACCUCCUCCUCCACCGUCGUCGCUGCCCUUGAGGCCGCUCGCGACCAGAAGUGCCCCAUCGCCCUGCAGGUUUCCCAGGGUGGUGCCGCUUUCUUCGCUGGCAAGGGUGUCAGCAACGAUGGCCAGAAGGCCUCCAUUGCCGGCGCCAUCGCCGCUGCUCACUACAUCCGCGCCAUUGCCCCCACUUACGGCAUCCCCGUGGUCCUCCACACCGACCACUGCGCCAAGAAGCUCCUGCCCUGGCUCGAUGGCAUGCUCGAUGAGGACGAGCGCUACUUCAAGCUCCACGGCGAGCCCCUCUUCUCCAGCCACAUGAUCGAUCUGUCGGAGGAGCCCGUGGACUACAACAUCUCCACCACCGCCGCCUACUUGAAGCGCGCCGCCCCCAUGAAGCAGUGGCUCGAGAUGGAGAUCGGUAUCACCGGUGGUGAGGAGGACGGCGUCAACAACGAGGACGUUGACAACAACUCCCUGUACACCCAGCCCGAGGACAUCCUGGCCAUCCACAACGCUCUGGCCCCCAUCUCCCCCUACUUCUCCAUUGCCGCUGGCUUCGGCAACGUGCACGGUGUGUACAAGCCCGGCAAUGUCCGCCUGCACCCUGAGCUGCUCUCCAAGCACCAAGCCUACGUCAAGGAGAAGACCGGCUCGUCCAAGGACAAGCCCGUCUUCUUUGUCUUCCACGGUGGCUCCGGCUCCUCCAAGGAGGAGUACAAGGAGGCCAUUAGCUACGGUGUCGUCAAGGUCAACGUCGACACUGACAUGCAGUACGCCUACCUGGCCGGUGUUCGUGACUACGUCCUUGGCAAGAAGGAUUACCUCAUGACCAUGGUCGGCAACCCCGACGGCGAGGACAAGCCCAACAAGAAGUACUUCGACCCCCGCGUGUGGGUCCGUGAGGGUGAGAAGACCAUGAGCAAGCGCACCCAGGUUGCGCUUGAGGACUUCAACACCUCCAACAACCUGUAA